UACCACCAAUCAUUCAGGGACCAUCAAGCCGACGGGGUGAAUUUUAUUUCCCAUCGUUUUUACUAGAAGAAAACCGUCAUGAAUUCACUCUUAAGUAAUGUUAAAAGUGCAUCCCUAAUUGUCAACACCUUUGCCAAAAAUGGAGGCUGUAUAACAAGGGGAUUAAAAUCGAAUUUGAAGAUAAAAUGGGUGAGACCAGAAAAAAUUCCAUCUACACAUCCUUCAAAGAGUGGAGAUUACUUGGAGUCGACAGUGAAAACUUCAGCUGACGAAGUGGCAUGUCGAUAUAAUCAGUCCCAGGAACUCAAAGAUGCCCCAGAAAUCGUUAAGAAGCUCUUCACCCUUGAGUACAUGUCCAACCAGGAAACUAAGAAGAUGAACCACGAAAAAUUGAGAAACUUAGUCAAAAGACACGACAUGGAUUACAGAUCAAUGGAAGUAACAUUGGCAAUAAUGACCAGCGAAAUUCGUCACCUGCAGAAAAUGCAGGAGAUUCACCCACGAAACAAAAAAACGAAAGUCUUUCUCAAAGAACUGAUCGAGAAAAGAAAAAAAUAUCUCGGGGACUUACGGAGAUGGGACUACAAACGUUUCGAGUGGGUAUUGGAGAAACUAAAUAUCGUCUAUAAACCGUUCCCUGAGCUUUGGGUUAAUCCGACGCGUAAGGACUCCCUAAGAAAACUGACGAGUGCACACUGCGACGAAAUAAGACAGAAAAAACUAGAAGCUUACAGGGCAGAGCUCGAGGCACAGCAGAUAAUUUUUUUCAAGGAGAAAGCCGAGAAACUAGCGUUCAUCAGGGCUGAGGAGAUCGCAUGUGGAAUCGAACCCACCGUCAGUGAGGAGGAGAUUGCAGCGGCUCAGAAAAAAUGUGCGGAGCUACAACAAUAACAAUAAGUAAUGAAUAAAUAUGAUUCACAUAAUUGAAACA